CGAAGCAACUGCGAGAGGAAAGGAACUGCUCUCUGAAGUGUGCCUUGUGUUGCGCGGGUCUGCGGCGCCGUUGACCCCAGAGGCGGAGCCGGAAGCGUUACGGGUUGACCCCGGAGCAGUCUGUUCGGAAGGGGCAGCCGUUUUAAUCCCCGUCCGCAUCGCCUCCCGAAUUUCCUCUUCACCUGGAGGCCGAAGCUCCAGACGGGACUAGGCUGUGCAAACCUAGCCCCUGGACCCGGAAGAGGCGCCAUCUCCCGCCUCCGCCAUGGAGCCCACCGUGCCAUCCCUAACGGAAGAAGACCUAACUGAAGUGAAGAAGGACGCUUUAGAAAAUUUGCGUGUAUACCUCUGUGAGAAGAUAAUAGCUGAGAGACAUUUUGAUCAUCUACGAGCAAAAAAAAUACUCAGUAGAGAAGACACUGAAGAAAUUUCUUGCCGAACAUCAAGUCGAAAAAGGGCUGGAAAAUUGUUAGACUACUUACAAGAAAACCCCAAAGGACUAGACACCCUCGUUGAAUCAAUUCGGCGAGAAAAAACACAGAACUUUCUUAUACAGAAGAUUACAGAUGAAGUGCUGAAACUUAGAAAUAUAAAACUAGAACAUCUGAAAGGACUGAAAUGUAGCAGCUGUGAGCCUUUUCCAGAUGGAGCCACAACCAACCUCUCUAGAUCAAAUUCAGAUGAGAGCAGUUUUUCUGAAAAACUAAGAGCAUCCACUGUCAUGUAUCAUCCAGAAGGAGAGUCCAGCACAGCCCCCUUUUUUUCAACUGAGUCUUCUCUGAAUUUGCCUGUUCUAGAAGUAGGCAGAACUGAAAACACCAUCUUCUCUUCAACUACGCUUCCUAGACCUGGGGACCCUGGGGCUCCUCCUUUGCCACCAGAGUUGCAGUUAGAAGAAGAAGGAACUUGUGGAAACUCUAGUGAAAUGUUUCUUCCCUUAAGAUCACGUGCUGUUUCACGGCAAUGACAUUUAAUUUUUUUAAUAAUGACAAAAGAUGUCAUUAUUGAAUCUUUUUAUAAAACUGCUGUAGUGAUUUAUUUGCAUUUGAUGCAUGUCUUUUAAAAUGCGAUGUAAGCAUAGUUUGUAAAUAGGAUUUUGUAGGAUAAAAAGCAUAUUUUCAGGAUAGCUAAAUGUGUAUCAUGUUGAUCACAUUAUUUUCACUUUUUAAAGGAGAUUUAGUACUUUUUCAAAUUCUGUAUGUUCUAAGACUAAUUUUAAGGGAAUAUUUCUCUUUCUGAGACCAGAUCCUUAGGCUGAGAAUAAUUUUUCUUGGCACUUGUGUUAGAAUUUUUCAAAGUCUGGUAGUCCUUUCUAAACAGCAGUAAAUGUUCAGCAUUAAGCGUUUCUUAUUUGGUAAUAAAGCCGAUCACUGAUAGAAAAAUUGCCAAUGUAAUGGAAUCUUUUUCCCACUCAGUUGGUCUUACAGGAGCUCCUGGUGUUGGAGGCACACGUGAUGAAAUCUGAGCCACCUAAGAUUUCAACUUGCCAAAAUUUGUUUCUUAACAACCUUACUAAUUAGUACUACUUCGAUUUUUGCUUUCUUUGCUUUCUCAUUUUGAUUCUUAAAGAAUAAUAUCUUGACAUUAACCAGAGUUGUUACAUGUAAUUUGAUGAGAUUUUUAAGAGAUACUUUCUCUGUCCUUUUCAUCUCUCUUAAUGAAGACCACUGUACAGUUGAAAUAACUAAAACAGAUUGCUGUUGGUAUAUGUAUUUUGUUUUUAAUACUAAUUUGAAACACUGGGCCAUUAACCAUAUUUUAUUGUAUAACAAAAUUUUAUGCAUUUAAAAUGUUAUGAUGUUUUCAUUUAAAUUAUAAUUCUGCUGUUUCCUGAUAGCCAUCUUCUAUAUUUUUCUAUUAAUUGCAAAAAAGCAGAAAUGGAAAUUUAUUAUUAACAAUAAAAGUUUUUAUAAGUUAGUGCUGUGUUUUAGAGUUUCAAAAUUUUCAGUAUGAAAUAUCUAAAACAUUUUGAGAUUUUUAAGCCUAUAAAAUCAUUUUUUCCCAUUAAACACCAAAAACUUGUCAUUACCAAAGAUGUCUAAAUUAGGAUGACAGAAUGACCUGAUGGGAUGCAGUUUAUUACUAGGUUGGGUAAUGCAGCAGUUACUUUUUAGGGAUAUCAUACGUAUAAAACAAAGCCUUUGAACUUAUUGCUUGUUACUUUUUUCAAAAUAAAUACUUUGGGGCCAGCAAAAGGUAUAGUGGUUAAGGUGCUAGACUCCCACAUGGAUA